AUGUCAUCAAUCAAGCAGGAGCUACUUCCUGUCGUGGAGAAGACAGAGGGUGUUUGCAGAGACACGCCACAGGAAAUGCCAGAGCCUGGUGACAAACCCGCCGAAAUGAGCACCCCGAGUCUGGACGCUCUCAGAGAAGCAAUUCCUCGGUCAUGUUUCGACCGGUCUACUCUUGGCUCUUUUGCUUAUCUCCUGCGCGACGUCAUUUACGCGGCGCUCCUCGUGUACCUGGCGGUCAAGAUAGACUUUAUCCCGGUCCGAUCAGUGCGCGUGGCUGCCUGGAUCAUCUAUGGAGUCUUGCAGGGCUUCGUGGGUACGGGCCUCUGGAUCAUUGGGCACGAAUGCGGGCACGCGGCCUUCUCACCGAGCGCAAUCAUCAACGACACGACUGGCUGGCUGGUGCACUCGUCGCUUAUGGUGCCGUACUUUUCCUGGAAAAUCACGCAUGCAAGACACCAUCGCUACACGGGGCACAUGGAGAAAGAUGUCGUUUUUGUACCUCGGCUACACCAAGAGGGGAAGUCACCCUCGAGGUUCGCCCAUUUGUCUCACCUCGCCGAGGAUACGCCGGCAUACACGCUACUGCACCUGCUGGGGCAUCAACUCAUGGGCUGGCAGAUUUACCUCCUCUUCAACAUCACGGCCGGGAAAAACAGUCUUCCCAAGAACGGCAAUCGUCGCCAGCUAUUGCCAAACGCAAGCCACUUUGAUCCCAGCAAAGGUGCGCUCUGCACCGUUGACCGCAACUUUGGAUUCGUCGGUCGCCACUUCUUCCACGAGAUUAUCGACUACCACGUCGUGCAUCACCUGUUCCCGAAAAUCCCCUUCUACAAAGCUGAGGAGGCAACGCGAGCCAUCAUGCCGUUGCUGGGGCCUCUUUAUCGCCAGGAGAAGCAGCGGUCUUUCCUCGGGUCGCUUUACUCUACUUAUCGCGCGUGCGAUUCAGCGGCCGACGCUGACGGUUCUGGAGUGGUCCAGUGGGUCCUGUCAAAGCAGUGA